AUGGCAAGAGAAGUCUUUACUCAUUCACAAGACCUUUGCAGUCGAAUGUACGAGGACGUUAUUCAGCAUAUGAAACUUCAGAAACUUUAUCACAAGAGGUUAAAACUUGUAAUUUAUGAAGCAUUAACUGAAAGGCCAAUAAAUGGUGCAAGAGAUAUUUACAAGUUUCUUAACAUGACAAUGACCAAACAAGUUGUUCAGUGGAUUUAUCAAACAACACAUGCUAAUAAAACGGCAGAUUCUGAGUAUUUUGGUACGUCAAGGAAUAAUGCAAUAGAACUUAUGACAUCCUGGAGAAUGAAGAUGGAUUUACUCAAGGUCCAAGUAAUAGACUAUUUUUGCAAAGACCUGUACACUUUGGUUGGAUUUAUUCCAAUGAAUUCUACGGAACAACUUAGUUCACUGAGUGUGCCUUCCAGAAGGAAAUCAAGCAUUGACGGAUUUGUGUGA